AUGGACUUCUUGGAGGAGGGCAGCUGGAGCCUGUCCUUCGCCGGCGCUGGCUUCCUGGGUCUCUACCACGUGGGCGUGACCCAGUGCCUGAGCCAGCGCGCCCCGCGCCUCCUCCAGGGCGCCCGCCGCUUCUAUGGCUCCUCGUCCGGGGCGCUCAAUGCCCUCGCCAUUGUCUGCGGCAAGUCGACCGACUUCUGCUGCUCCCACCUCCUGGACUUGGUCAAGCACGUGGAGGGGUUGAGCCUGGGCAUCUUCCACCCUGCCUACGCACCCAUCGAACACAUCAAGCAGCAGCUGCAGGACAAACUGCCGGAGAACAGCCACAUCCUGGCCUCCCAGCGGCUGGGCAUCUCGCUGACCCGCUGGCCCAAUGGCCACAACUCCAUAGUCACUGACUUUGCCACCAGAGAUGAGCUCAUUCAGGCCCUGGUCUGCACCUUGUACUUCCCCUUCUACUGUGGGACAAUCCCCCCCGAGUUCAGAGGGCAGCGCUACAUCGAUGGGGCUCUGAGCAACAAUCUGCCCUUCGCGGACUGCCCUUCCACCAUCACCGUGUCCCCCUUCCAUGGGACAGUGGACAUCUGUCCCCGGAGCACUUCGGCCAGCCUGCACGAGCUGAAUGCUUUCAAUGCCAGCUUCCAAAUCUCCACCAAGAACUUCUUCCUGGGGUUCAUAUCACUCAUACCCCCCAAACCUGAGGUGGUGGCCGACAGCUGCAGACAAGGGUACCUGGACGCCCUGAGGUUCCUGGAGGCACGUGGACUCACCAAGGAGCCCGUGCUGUGGACGUUGGUCUCUAGGGAUCCCCCAGCACCCCCUGCUAGGACCCCAGAUGACGGGGUGUCUUUCAACUGCCAUGUGCCCACCGUGUUGGUCAAGGACGUGCCCAGCUUGGAGCAGCUCUCGCCAGAACUGGAGGCUGCACUGAGGAAGGCUGUCAGGAGGGACCCCAGUGCCUGGGCCCGUUUCCGCCGGUCGGGGCCCGGGAAGGUGCUCACGUACCUGCUCCUGCCCUGCACGCUGCCCUUUGAGUACGUGUACUUCCGCGGCAGAAGGCUGGUGAUCUGGCUGCCGGACGCGCCCGCAGACCUGUGGUGGAUGUGGGGCCUGGUGAAGAGCAUGGCUCUGGAGAUCCACUCCAGGACCAAGGCCCAGCUCCUCAGGCUGGUCAGCAUGCUCAACGGUUCCAGAAUUGGCCUGCGGGAGCUCUUUCAACUGUGUCCUGUGAACUUUUGA